AUGACACCCAAGGUAGAACAUUUGGUUGUGGAUACUAGUGCUUUCAUAAGAAAUACUCAGCUUCAGGAGAUUGCAGAAAAUCUGUUCACUGUUGCUGAAGUUGUUAAUGAAAUCAAAUCUAAAAGGCAACUUAGGAGGCUUGUAGUACUUCCUUAUGAAUUACAAUUAAAAGAUGUAGAUCCUGAAAGUGUUGCCGCUGUCAAAGCGUUUUCUAUGAAAACUGGUGAUUACCCUGCAUUGUCAUCUACUGAUCUUAAAGUACUUGCUCUUACGUACCAAUUACACAAAGAAAAAUUAGGUUUAGAUGGGAUUAAAACUGAACCAACUACAAAUAAAUCUAUAGAAGCAUUUGAUCAUUCUUUGAUUUCAUCUGCAAAUGUUGUCGGAUUCCACUUGCCAUCAUCUGAUUCUGGGAGUGAACAGGAAGUUCCAGAUAUAGAUGAAGUAACAAAGAAAUUAGGGUCCCUGGAAUGUAAUGGGAGUGACAAUGAAGAAGAGGAAGAAGAAGACGAAGAAGAAGAAGAGUAUGACAGUGACCCACCUCUAGAUGAUGAUGAUUGGAUCACACCUGGAAAUGUUGCCGAUGCCAAGAGGGAGCUUUCAGGUGCUGCGGAACUCUCAGAAGACAGUCCUCCACCAAAAGUUGCCUGUCUUUCAACCGAUUUUGCCAUUCAGAACGUAUUGAAACAGAUGGGUUUGAGCGUUGUUACACUUGAAGGCCUGCUGAUCAGACAGGUUCGAACAUUCAUUCUCCGUUGUUAUGCCUGUUUUAAAACAACUUCUCUUAUGGACAAAGUUUUCUGUCCGAAUUGUGGUAACAAGACCCUAAAACGAGUCGCUGUCACAGUAGAUAAUGAAGGAAAAGAAGUCAUCCACAUCAACUUUAGGAGGCCCAUUACUUCGAGAGGAAAAAAGUUCCCACUUCCUAAAUUUAAAGGUGGAAAGCACAGUAACAAUCCAAUUAUAUGCGAGGAUCAGCGUGUUCCGCAGCAGAGGCCUUCUAAAGUAGCCCUAUCCAAAAUGAAUCCCCUAGAACCAGACUAUAUCGCAGGUGUUUCUCCAUUCACUGUAAGGGAUGUGAAUUCACGAGCAGCUGUCUUGGGUGUCCUACCGGGUGGAGAAGUUAAGUAUUGGAUGAGGAAAAAUCCUAACCAAGUUGUCAAAAGGAGAAGAAAAAAGUAG